UCUGCGCAGGCGCAAGCGCGUCCCCGGUGCACGGACUCGCUGCUGGCGGUUAGCGAGAGCGGGAGCGGGUGACCAGAAAGCCGGCGCCAUGGUAGAGAAGGAGGAGGCUGGCGGCGGCGGCGGCGGCGGCAUUAGCGAGGAGGAGGCAGCGCAGUAUGACCGACAGAUCCGCCUGUGGGGAUUGGAGGCCCAGAAGCGGCUUCGAGCUUCCCGGGUGCUGAUUGUUGGCAUGAAAGGACUUGGAGCUGAAAUUGCCAAGAAUCUUAUCCUGGCAGGAGUCAAAGGACUCACCAUGCUGGACCACGAACAGGUAUCUCCAGAAGACCCUGGAGCUCAGUUCUUGAUUCAGACUGGGUCUGUGGGCCGAAAUAGGGCCGAGGCCUCUUUGGAACGAGCCCAGAAUCUCAAUCCCAUGGUGGAUGUAAAGGUGGACACUGAGGAUGUAGAGAAGAAGCCAGAGUCCUUCUUCACGAAGUUUGAUGCGACAAGGCUGUGCUUGAACUCAGCCUUUUGCUCAUUACAUUCCAGUGAUGUGACUUUCAAACUUGGCUUCCUCCCAUCGUCUCUUUCUAGAGAGAAAACCAAAGUUGCCAAAGUAAGCCAAGGAGUGGAGGAUGGACCUGAAGCCAAGAGAGCAAAGCUUGAUUCAUCAGAGACAACCAUGGUCAAAAAGAAAGUGCUUUUUUGCCCUGUAAAAGAGGCGCUAGAAGUGGACUGGCGUGGAGAGAAAGCCAAGGCUGCCCUGAAGCGUACUGCCCCCGACUACUUUCUGCUGCAAGUGCUGCUGAAAUUCCGCACGGAUAAAGGGAGAGACCCGACUUGUGACAGCUACGAGGAGGACGCGGAGCUGCUACUGCAGAUACGGAGUGACGUGUGUGACUCACUGGGCCUCAGUCCUGACCUGCUUCCCGAUGACUUUGUCAGGUACUGCUUCUCUGAGAUGGCCCCAGUAUGUGCUGUGGUUGGAGGGAUCUUGGCACAGGAAAUUGUGAAGGCCCUGUCUCAGAGGGACCCUCCUCACAACAACUUCUUCUUCUUCGACGGCAUGAAGGGGAGUGGAAUUGUGGAGUGCCUUGGUCCCCAGUGAGCUGAGGUGUGUACAAGGCCACCGAGUCACCUGCCCUCUCUCUGGAUCAUUUUUCUAGAGCAAGCAGGCCAGACUUCAUCCUGCCUUUGUCUUCGCAGCUAUCAGGGACCUGUGGGGUCCCAAGUAUGAUAAUCAUGUGGCACCUCUGGCAUUGCUCCCUUGGGCUGUCACUGGGGACUGGCAGCGCCUAGUGAGAGAGAGCAUCAUACUUUACUUCAUGAUGUCAGAGUGUCUUGUCACCGUUUGGACUUAACUUCUCUCUAUAGUCAGCAGAGGGGAUCGGGGCCCAGUGCUGCCUGGAGAACUGAGAACAGACCUCUGUUGUUGACCCUCCCUCAGGCUGGAGCCUGGGUGUUGGAAGGGAGAGACUGUCACCCAGUUGUCAUGUCUUUUGGUUGUGAGCCUAUGCACCUUACCUUUAAUGGUUGAACCAUCUUUUCAGCCCAAACAGUUUAUUUCUAAAAAGUAGAUUUAAUGCUAGGGGCCAUUAUGCAGGCUUGGAAUCCUAGACGAUGGGAUGCCGGGGCAGGAGGAUUUACUGUAAAUUUCAGGGNCAAGUUGGUCUACAUAAUGUACCAAGAACCUUUCUCAAACUAUAGUAAAGGGCAUAUUCCAGAGUUAGGGUGGGGUGNCCAGGCCCCUGGCAGCAGGAGUGGGUUGGGGGCAGUUGGUUUGCUCUUCCUUCUAGGAGCGUGAGGGCAGCCUGUCUAGUUUGUAGAUCCCCUUGGUUGCUGGAUAAAGGAUGAUAAUAAAGUGUGUUUCUCUCGA